AUGGGUAACAUUUGGGCCGGGGCUAAAAAAUUCGCGCCGUCGCCAGCGCGCGCGUGUCACCUCGACGUUCCAUGGUUUGGGAAACUUCUUGGUGCAAACGGGGCUUGGGAGUGUCUCGACGAUCCUGCGCCAAGUCUCACCAUCGGCGGGCGCUUGCGAGUGUUGCUGGCGUGUUUGCUGCAAUGCUGCAAGUCCUGGGGCUGGCAGGACUCCUGGAUCAAUAAGCUGUGGGGCUUUGCCACGCGGCUUCCUGGGGACCAUCCGCAGCGGAUUCCGCGGCAAGCUUGGGACCAACUGCUUGCACGGAAGACCUCUGCGCCGUCAGAUACACAGGACGCGAGUGCGGCCAGGUUGAAGUGAACCUCGCAACUCGACCACCGAAUGACUUGCAUCUGGGCACAGCGUUUUCCACUUUAACGUGUUACAUGUACUCGUCGCGACGAUAACGCUUUACAUAUUUGGCGUGUCUCGACUCGAGCGUUGUACCACUCGCUUGCCAUAGGAGUGGGAUACUCAAGACGACGACACCUUGAUCGUACCAAAGCCCCACAGUGAAGUGCAUCGCCCGCUGCUGCUAUGGUUUUUGUUAUGUCGCCUUAAGCCCCGCCAGGAGCACCCCGAGAUUCGCUUCGAGGAGCUGGGACGGCAUCCUUAACGUCCCUAACUUAAUUCCUUGUCUG